GCACCAUGAAUAUCUCCAGUUUCAAUGGGAUAUUAUAAAACGCUGGAUUUUCAAGAAGUCCUCCAUGCUAACAUCAUCAUUAUCAACGAACACUUGGCACAAUGACACUGGAGAAUUUCAAGGACGCUCGACUGAUGCUCGUGACUGUUGUCUACCUGAGUCUCUUCUUGGAUAAUGUAUUACUUACGGUGGUUGUACCCAUUAUUCCGGACUACCUGUGCACCAUUUCUGAUAAUUCAACACUUUUCGCCGGUGACGAGGACGGCAAGAUUGGCUUUUUACUUAGCUCAAAGGCCUUUGUGCAAUUAAUUCUUAAUCCGGCUGUUGGUACACUCACUGGUACCGUUGGCUACGCCAAGCCACUGUUUCUUGGAAAUUUCUGCCUACUUCUUGCUUCACUGCUAUUUGCAUUCGGGCAGACGUACGAGUUCCUCUUUCUGGCACGCAGUAUCCAGGGAAUAUCUUCGGCAUGUAUAGGUGUAUCAGGAAUGUCCCUGGUGGCCUCUCAAUACUCGGAGGAGAGCGAGCGAUCGAAAGUGAUGGGCUUUGUGCUAGGGAGCAUAGCCCUUGGGGUGCUCGUUGGCUACCCCAUAGGCUCCAUUCUUUACGACAUCGAGGGAAAAAUGGCACCUUUCCUCCUCGUCUCCUCCCUCACGUUCCUGCCAAUAUGCUUGCAAAUGUUCGUUGGAAAUUAUCCACCAAUUGAAAAGAGGAUAGAGCAACCGGCAAACAGAACUAGUUGGAUGAAGACCCUGCAGGAGUGGAAAAUUUUAACAAUCACCGGGGCUAUUUUUUUAUCGACUUUACCGAUGGCUAUUUUAGAGUGUUGUCUGCCCAUCUGGUUGAGAUCCUAUAUUAAACCGAAGAAAUGGCAGUUGGGGACUGUAUUCAUACCUGAUAGUGUUGGCUACCUCGUGGGAACAAAUUUUUUUGGAGUGAUAGCCUAUCGGUGCGGUCGUUGUAGAACCGCAGUGAUAGCCAUGUGUCUCGUGGGCAUCAGUAUAAUUUCCCUUCCCUCCGCAAGAUCAAUCUCCCAGCUGGUUGUCCCUCAUCUGGGCCUGGGGCUGGGUAUAGGGGUGGCUGACGCUGCCCUCGUUCCACUACUCGCUAGUCUUGUCGAUCAGGACGGGAACUACGGGCCCGUCUAUUCGAUACAGCAGGUCGCAGUCAGUCUUGCCUACUCUCUAGGUCCCAUUAUGGGGAGUGAAUUGGUCCGGACGAUUGGUUUCCCGUGGGUGAUGAGAAUCGUCGGUAUGUUGAAUCUCACCUAUUGUCCCAGUCUCAUAUACCUGGCGAUGAUGAGAAAUAAACAGCCACUUGGUGACAACGAGGACAACAGAGGAUACAACUCCAUCGUGAAGACAGCACCCAAGUACCAGAGAUUCCAGGAGUCUGAUGAGGAUCUCUGAGAGAUCGGUGUCAGUUAUUUUAAAACGAAAUUAAUUUGACAGGAGGGCACAAGGUUGGGCCAUUGUUUCUCGUUUGAAUAACCGUACUUGAGUAUUUAUUUUGUGA